AUGGCGCCCAGCUUCGAUACCCUGUCCGAGCAGGACUUCCACGAGGAGGAGGAGGAGGAGAUUGACUUCUCUGAUCUCAAGGAGCAGUUCGAAGUCAAGAUGGAGGAGGGUCUGGAUACUUUCGUCGUCGUCGAUGGCCUCCCUGUUGUGCCCGAAGAAAGCCGCCAGAAACUCGUCAAGUUCUUGUUGAGAAAACUCAACACGGUGGGCCGCACCUCCGAGGAUGCUGUUUUCAUGCCACUCAACGACAAGGGCAUGUCUGAAGGAUACGCCUUCGUUGAGUUCGAGACGCCCGAACAAGCUAUUGCCGCCGUGAAGCAGCUGCACGGUGUUCCUCUCGACAAGAAGCACACUCUUGCGGUCAACAAGUUGAUGGACAUUGAGCGAUAUGGUCGCGAGGGUCGUAUCGAGGAGGAAUACCAUGCUCCCGAGUUGGAGCCUUUCAAGGAGAGGGAACACCUUCGCUCCUGGAUGGCCGAUGCCCAUGCUCGUGAUCAGUUCGCUCUGUACCGCGGUGACAAGGUCGGCGUCUUCUGGAACAACAAGUCCAACCCGCCCGAGAAUGUGGUCGACCGCGCCCACUGGACACAACUCUUCGUUCAGUGGUCCCCGAAGGGUACCUUCCUCGCCUCCGUUCAUCCUCAAGGUGUCCAGCUCUGGGGCGGCGCCUCCUUCUCCAAGCAGAAACAGUUCCCUCACCCAUUCGUACAACUCGUUGAAUUCUCCCCUCUGGAAGGCUAUCUCACAACAUGGUCAUCGCGCCCAAUUCAGGUCGAAGAAGGACAACCCGUCCUGACCUUCGAGGAGGAUGGCAAGAACAUCAUUGUCUGGGACAUCGAGUCUGGCAAGCCUCUACGCUCAUUUGUGUCUCACGAUCUCGCCGGUGGCCCGGCUGUUGAAGGUGAUGUUCAGCCCAAGAAGAAGGUGCAGUGGCCCGCUUUCAAGUGGUCUGCUGAUGAGAAGUACUGUGCGCGCAUGCUCCAAGGCCAGUCUAUCUCAAUCUACGAGGUGCCUAACAUGAACCUGCUCGGUCGUACGUCGGUGAAGGUCGAGGGAGUCAACGACUUUGAGUGGUCACCCGCCAUUGUUACCCGUGAGGGUGUGAAGCAAUACGAACAGCUUCUCUGCUUUUGGACCCCUGAGAUUGGCAGCAACCCUGCUCGUGUUGCUAUGAUGAGCGUUCCUUCCAAAGAGAUUGUGCGCACUCGUAAUCUCUUCAACGUGUCUGACGUCAAGUUGCACUGGCAAUCCCAGGGUGCCUACGUGUGCGUCAAGGUUGACCGUCACUCUAAGUCUAAGAAGUCUAUGGCCACCAACUUGGAAAUUUUCCGUGUCCGCGAGAAGGGUGUCCCAGUCGAGGUCGUGGAUAGCUUGAAGGACACCGUCAUUAACUUCUCUUGGGAGCCCAACGGCUCUCGUUUCGUCGUCAUCACAACCGGCGAGGCUCCCAGCGGUGCCGCGGUCCUCCCCAAGACUUCAGUGUCUUUCUUCGCCCCCGAGAAGAAGGGCAACACUGCGGGCAACUUCAAGCUCGUUCGCACCGUCGAGAAGAAGACGAGCAAUGGCAUCUACUGGUCCCCCAAGGGCCGCUUCGUGGUUGUCGCAACUGUUCACUCCCAGACCAACUUUGACCUUGACUUCUGGGAUAUGGAUUUCGAGGGUGAGAAGAACGAGGCCGAGAAGGAUCUGGCAGCCAACCUUCAAUUGAUGAAGACUGUGGAGCACUACGGCGUCACCGAUAUUGAGUGGGACCCCACAGGUCGUUACGUGGUCAGCAGUGCCAGUGUUUGGACUCACUCGAUGGAGAACGGCUGGAACCUGCACACUUUCUCCGGCCAAACUCUGUCCGAAAACCCCACCGAGAAGUUCAAGCAGUUCCUCUGGCGCCCGCGCCCCCCUACCCUCCUUAGCAAGGAGGAACAGAAGCAGGUCCGCAAGAACCUGCGCGAAUACUCGAAGGAGUUCGAUGAAGAGGACCGAUAUGCGGUGGACAUUGCCAAUACCGCCGUCGUCGAGCAGCGCAAGCGCGUGCUCAGCGAGUGGCUUGCUUGGAUGCGUCGGGAGAAGGAGAUCCAGGCCGAGGAGCGCGAGGCGUUCGGUUUGCCCGAGGAUGCCGACUCUCCCAAGCGGGCCAAGGAUGCUGUUGCUGUCAACCAGCAGGAAGGCGACACGGUUGUGGAGGAGAUUGUCGAAGAGAUUGUCGAAGAGACCGAAGAGGUCAUCGGUUGA